AUGUUAAAUCCGAAUACAGAGCCGAAUGUGUCGAUCAGAGAGCUGGACAUACCGGUGAACGCUGUGGCCACUGCUCUGAAAGACUUCUUCUCGAAACGCUUGCCUCCACUCAUACCGUCAACACUGAUGGAUGAGUUGACAGAAUUGUCGGCUUUUGGCGAGAAGAGCAGUCGUUUGACUUCAUUCAAGGAUUUCUUGAAAAGCCUUCCAUUAGUUAACUUCGAAGUAAUUAAAUUCGUUUUCAAACAUUUUGUAAAAGUGACAGAUAAUUGUCGACUGAAUAGUAUGGACAGUAAGAACUUAGCGAUCUGUUGGUGGCCAACACUCCUUCCGAUUGAGUUCAACGAUAUGCUAGUCUUCGAGCAAAUGAGACCACAUUUGGAGGACUUCGUGCAGACAAUGAUCGAUGAGUUCGAGUUCCUGUUCGGCAGCCAAGACGUGCUUCUUAUCGUUUGAGUUGACAUUCAAUCGACAAUACGCUAUAAUAAGUGACUUAUUAUAGCAUACAAUCCGAUCACUCGAUUCCGACUAUAAGUGCAGUCAGACUAUCAAACGUUAGCCCAAUUUAAUGCCAAAACAAAUUCUGGUCAUAUCUUUUGUGCAUACAAUUAAUUAACACAAUAUUUCAAACUUAUUAAAUACUUUCCAUACUUUUUGAGACAAUAAUUAAUUUUGUAAUUCAAAGAAAAAACAUUUAUUGUAAUAUUGUAUGAAAAAAUUGAACGGAUC